AUGGGCAAACUACGAAAACAUUGCUCAACACCACCGUUCUCUGUGGGAUUCAUUGUUCGGCCAUAUGCUCCACCGUCCGGCCAAACUUCCAUCGGAGUCAUCCAUGACGUCGACACAGAAGUCACGCAAGAAGAGCUAAUCCAACACAUUCGAUCAGAAACAAAAAUUGCCACUGUGCGCCGCCUCGGAGUCUCGAAGGUCGUCAAAAUAGUCUUCAGUGGUACGAGGCUGCCUAGCCACGUCCUACUUGGCUAUGUUCGACAUCCCGUUGUUGAAUUCAAGAACAGGCCGCUGCAAUGUCACAACUGCGGUGGAUUCGGACACAAGAAGAUUGCAUGUAAACGCCCUAAGGCAUGCAAUCGCUGUGGAGAAGAUCACGAUGUGCAGUCUGCAGAGUGUCAGUCAACGACACUGAAGUGCAGCAACUGCGGUGGCAGUCACGAGGCCACAUCGCGCACGUGCCCCAAAUGGAAAGAAGAGCAAACCAUUGUAACGCUCUCAAAGAAUAACAAUAUAGGAUUUCGAGAGGCACGGUACGCCAUCGUACAUAAAAGUGCAGGCAAAAAUACUGUGGACGUUCUGGAGACCACACCAAAGCCAAUCACGACAGCUACCACAAGCCAGGCACUGCAGGCAACAAGCAGGACGGACAUACAAAACAAAGUGUCUUAUGACUCGAUCCUCAAAGGGACAGUUAAAAACAAGAAGGCUGCCCCAAAUACCGAUUCCGCGGCCAGUCGAACGUCGGACAACAACAAAUCUAUGCAUCAGCCAACAUCCCACGCAGAAACGUUUCAAAGUUCCCACACGAAGAAGUCACCUCCAAGGAAGGAUGAAACUGAAGACUCUCGAAACAUCGACAAAGAAACAUACGGCUGGCAAUCGAUUGUCAGAGCAGCCGUCAACAUUGCGUUCGCACUCUUAGCGAAAAUCGAUGCAUCAUGGGCUAGCACCAUCUCAAACAUCUUACACACGGUCCUCCCACUUCUGGGAGGAUGGUAG